AUGGUCACUCCAGACUGUUAUCCAGUCGUCCGACGAUACGGAACUCGGAUGAACAUCUAUCCAUCCUAUCCAGAACGUCGAGGGACUGGUUAUCCCAUUCAUACCGAAUCGCGAACGAUCAUGAGCGACAGGGAUGAACCUCAGCGAAAACGUAUCGCAGUAGCAUGUGGACGCUGUCGAAAGAGGAAGAUUCGCUGCAGCGGUGAUACUGGUACUGGAGAACCCUGUACGAAUUGCAAAAAUGCAGGCUACGAACCAUGCCAGUUUCUCAGGGUGGCAUCAACGGAAACAAUUUACAAGACAGAGAACUUCACGUACAGCCUUGAUGCUUCUCGACAGUAUCAGGCCCGAGGAAGCUCUGCUAUCUCGUCUGUGCCUGUGACGACUCACCCUCUCUCUGACCCAGAUGGGUUACCAGCCUACACCAGUGAAGCUGGUGAAGCUUUCGCCUACCGUGCUCCCGCCAACCUUGCGUACGAGACGAAGCCCUACUGUCCCCUUCCCUGGGGUAAUGGAUAUGCCGAUGAUCAGAGCUACGGUCUUGCCAUGUAUCCACAAUCCUACCCUGUGCACGACACAUCCGCCGUGCACGACGCAGACUACAGCAUGAGCUAUAGGAUCGCCUCUGGAACGUCUGGCAAGUCGGCGCUGUGUGUGGACACGGAUCCAGACUACGCAUACAGCAGUGGGAAUAAUGUGACGAGCUUGGUACACCGACCAGCCCCGGUGACGACCGACUCGACCAGCCUUGCCUAUCAAAACAUGGUACCUGAACCCAAGAGCUUCGGAUACCAGAACUUGGCGGCAGACUCUAAGGGCCUUGCUAUGCAGAACAUGGCAGCGGGCGUCAACAUGGGCGACAGGGUACUUCCCAUGCCAGUGGGUCGGUCUUCGAUGUCCAGCUCGACUGGAUCGUUGUACAAGCACGAUUCGGGCAGCUCCAUCUAUAGCAGCAGCAAGUCAUCCCAAGCCUCGACCUCGGACACUUCACCUGUAAGCUCUACUUCCGAGCCCACGUCGAGUUACACGACCGGGAAUUACGAGUCCUCCAGCAUGGCAUCCACCUCGAGCUGCCUGCCCUCGUAUCCUCCCAUUGCGAUGGCCUCUCAGUAUGGUCGCUCAAGCAAUGAUCACUACUCGCAUACUGGUUCUUCGGAUGCAUCUCUGUUCGCGUCGACCGACUCCCUGCGUCCCGGGCCCGACAUGACGUACCGCUAUACGGACACGACGACUGCAGUAACAGCAGCAGCGGCCGCUUCGUCCAGUGCCCGGUAUGAUCUGCCACAUCUCAAUGGUAGCGGCUUGGGAUCCUUCUCACUGGGCCACGGUGCUGCGUCUUAUCUGCCUCACUCACCUGCAGCCUACAUGUUGCCUAGUGACAUUGGACCAGACAAUGCUACAGUCAACUACCGCAAGGGUGCGGGGUCGCUACGAGCUUGA